UUCACCUCUUGUUGGCCUCUCAUCAUAUGCCUUAUUAUGUAGUGCUAGUUCUCUCUUUGCUUUCUAACAUUGAUGAAUUUCUUCUUCUUAAACUGUUUUUCAUAACUGAAGCUCCUACCAUAUACUUAGCAUAUAUGGCUACUACACUAUUCCUAAUUUCUUUUGCAGUAUCAUUAGUAGUAUUAGUGCCAUCACAAUCUUCUUCUCUUGUAGCCAAAUUUAAAAUUUAUCAGAGGCACUCUGACAAGGUCACUGGUGUCUUAGGCGGGAGAGGGUUGCCAAAACAAGGCACGGUGGAGUACUACUCCGCCUGGAUAACUCAUGACCGACCAGCACAGGCACGGUGGAUUUUUACCGGCACUGACUUUUGCUGGGGGUGAUAGAAAAAUUGGGAAAGUAAGUUUAAUUUAGUUCAUACAAAUUCUUUGGCUACCCAGCUUUUUUAUAUGUUGAAUUUUUAAACAGUUUUAUCACCCCACUAAUGGCUCAUAUAUAUAUAUAUUAGCAUUUCUAUCUGUACUAGUGUAUUUUGACUCUCAUGUUUUUUACUCAGCUGCUGAUAGCUCAAAUGUUGCCUUGUUUCGAAGUAACUAAAAAAGAAAUAAUUAAAACAAACAAAUUUUCAAGCUAGCCGGCCAUUAUGUAUUAUGUUCCGGUGUGCCACAAUUAUGAAUUGUUUGAUGUCACAUUUUUUCUAUUUCAGCCUCCAUUAUGCUGAAAUACGAGUUGGGACUCCUCCCGUGUCGGUCGCAAUUGACACGGGGAGCGAUAUAUCUUGGUUGCCAUGCGGCUGCACAGACUGUGCACACUUGUAUGGGACAAACAAAAAUUCUCAAUAGUUACAGCCCAAAGUCAUCAUCCACAAGUGCAAUUGUUUCUUGUGACAGCCCAGAAUGCUGGCCCAAGAAACUACAAUGCCAGCACCUACAGAGUCGACUAUACGUCAGAUAGCACUUCGAGUACAGGCAUCCUUGUCAAGGAUGUAUUGCACUUGGAAACCUUUGACAAGAAACGCCACUCUAGUACUGCACCUGUAAUAUUCAUCGGGUGUGGAAUGGUUGAAACAGGCACCAUUCUGGAGAAGGGUGCAGUAAACGGUUUGCUAGGCCUGGGGUUUAACACUCCUUUGGAUGUUCCAACCGUUUUAGCAUCCAAAGGGUUAGUCCCCAACUCAUUCUCCUUGGAGACAAGGGUAGCAGUAAGAUAUAGUUCAAAUCUUCAAUGUUUUCUGAACCAUGGUUGUAUGAAAAACAUUUUAAAUAUUUACAAACAGAACCCAUGUGCAGUGACUAUAUUCUUAUCUUGGCUCAAUGCAGCAACGGUUACAACAUUAGAAUACAGCAAAUAAGUGUGGAACAUAUAGUAACCGAUGUUGACUUUGUAGCAGUAGUUGAUUCUGGUUGCUGUUUCCUUGUUAAAUAAAGAGGUGUAUACCCUUGUUACAAAAAAAGUGAGUUAGAAACUUUAUUUCUAGUAAUUUGCAUUUCUUUUUAGUUUGAGGAUUAAGAUUCUUCAAUAUCUUUGCAGUUCAAUUUUCUUGUGAAAGAUCCCCACAGUGUUCCCCCUUCAUAUGUUCAAUUUGAAUAUUGUUAUGGGUGCGUUACAGUAGAUCUUUGUUAGGGACCGGGCCUAAAGAUACUAAGAAUAAAGGACCGGGCCCAUUAGAGUAUUAAUAAGAAUAGAGUGUAUGAGUUUAGUAUAAAUAGAAGAUAGCAGGGGAGAUUUAGUAGGCUGUUUAGACUUUGACUUUGGGACUUUGGGAGAUCGAGAACUAUUCUCUUUCUUUGGGGGGCUUCGGCUCAACUGGGGGCUUCGGCCAUUUGUUACGAUUACUGUUCUUCUUCUUCUCUAAUAAAAUUGCACACAAAUAAAAGCUCCUAUUGGGCUCCAUCUUUGAGCCUAAAAAUGAAAGAAGGGGCGAACUUCUAUGUUACCCAUCCCACUGUUAUAUUGCCUUUUCAAAUGGGAGGAUACAUAUACUGUUUAGCAAUUCAUGAAAAUAAAGAAAAUGAUCUAAACAUUAUUGGGCAUAAUUUUAUGAUGGGCUACCAUCUUGUGUUUGAUCGUGAAAGGUCAGUUCUGGGACGGAAACCAUCAGACUGUAUAGCAAAAGAAGCAAACACAACUGAUUCUAAUGGAGCAUCAUUGCCAACAAUGGCGAGCAUAUUCGUGUUCUUUUUAGCUUAUAUUUCCACUUCACAUAUUAUGUGAUCGUUUCACAAGUACAACUGUACAAGGCUAACUAAUAUGGUUCAGUCUAGAGUACAUAGCCAAAAGAAUUUGCAAAUGUACAUAUACGCAAUAAGUACUGUCAUGUUUUUUUUCCCAAAAUAUGACUAAUUACUGUCAUGUUUUGGCAGUACCAGACUUCAAACAUGGUAGUAUUUUCUAAACGUGGCAGUAAUUACUCCUAUUUUGGGAAUAAAAAGUAUGACAAUCCUAUUUUGGAAUUUUCGAACUGUUUGUCCUAUUUCGGGAACUUUCCCAUAAAAAAAUUGUUCCUCUUGUCACAACCAUCCAUGUAAUUCUAGAUUUGGAUGAAAAAUUGAAUUCAAG